AUGUAUCAGAAUGGCCAAAGGGACCCAUCGCGGCCCUUCCAGGUCCCUCCCCCUCCGCCGCCCAUGUCGCCUCCCAUCCGACAACCCCUAGGCAACAUAAUGGCCAUCCCCCCUCCUCCGCCCCGAUACCCAUCGGCGACCCAGCCCGCGAACGGCGUAAUGCUCCCACCUCCCCCCGGUCCUCCUCCCACGAACCCGCCAUGGCAGAACGUGCUCUCCAGAAUGUACGACGGCCGCGCGGGCCUCAACAUACCCCCUCCGCCCGGCGGCCAAGUCCAGGCCUACAACCCGCGACUCCAUGGCACCAUCCCCGCAGGCUCGACCAUAUCCACCAUCCCCCCUCCACCGCCCCCGAGCGAGCAAAUGUCCGCGACGUACAUACCGACGGGAGACACCUGGGGCGAAGGCGUAGGCAUCCCCGCCCUAGGCUUCGACGAGCCGAAGCCAUUGUGGGCCAUGCCUCCUCCCCCGAACGGCGCUGACACCGCGAACUCGACUCCCCUCGACGAAUCCAUCAGCCGCGACAGGCUCUACGCCAACGCCAUGCAGAACGCCCGCGGCGUGUCCAACGCUUCCACCGCCACCACGACUUCGACGGCCUCGUCCACGAGUAUACCCCCCGAGCUCGCCGCGCAGUGGCCCCUCGACCGUGUGCUCAGCUGGCUGCAGGCAAACAAUUUCUCGAGGGAUUGGCAGGAGACGUUCAAGGCGUUGAAUCUCUACGGUAUUCAGUUCCUCGAGCUGAGCAGCGUGCGCACGGGGAGGGGUAACUCGGGCAUGAUGCACCAGCAUGUGUACCCUAGGCUCGCUGCGCAGUGCACGCAGAGCGGUACCGGCUGGGAUCAGCCUGCUGAGCGCGAGGAGGGAAAGCGUAUGCGGAGGCUGAUUAGGACUAUUGUGCGGGGGGAGCAGCAUGAUAUGGGCAAGAUUGGACCUGGUGGGGAUGUGGAAUCGCCUAAUACACCUCUCAAUCCUCCAGGCCCUGGGUUUUCGGCUCGGCGGUAUUCACAAGUCCGCCAACUACCGACCCUUAACAACAACGCCAUGAGCUCCGAGUCCCACCACCGCUCCGUUCUAAAACACAUCGAUGUAGACGGAGGUCGACGACAGAGCCCCAUUGGGGAUUCCGGCGAACCUGGCUUCACCGUCAAGUCAAGGCCAGAAAGUCCAAGAGGCAGCCCAAGCCUCGCGGGGCAGGAGCUCUUCCUGCCGCCUUCCUCAGGUCAAUUAUCCGCAUCACCUCACUCCGCCAAGUUUGGUCACCGCUCUCGAGACAGUACGGACUCAGCGUCAUCGAACGCCGCCAUCUACGGUAGUGGCGUCCCCGCCGGAGCCAGUCGGCUCAACAUCAGCGAUAUGAUCAUGACGGGGCGGGCCGGCGAGAGGCAGCGACUGUCGCCGCAAGACACGACUCCCAAUUCGGAUCCUCCCUCUGCAAAGGACGGACCACGGCUACUUAGUUUCCUAUCGCGGAAGAAGCGUCAAGAAGGCAUCUCCCCAGAUGGGACGGAAUCUCCUACGUCUCCCGGCGGGACAUUGAAAGUGACUCCCUCCCAAUCCGCGAGCGACUUGGCGGCGGCGGAAAAGUCACGGUCUGCGUCCCAAUUCAUGACGCACUUCAAGAGCAAGAAACACGCUUCGGCCCGAAACUACGUGCUUGCUACUAUGGACUGCUGGAACUACCGGAUGUGCGAUGUUACGGAUCUGGAAACCCCGAGCGAGCUACGGCACGUCAUUUGCGGUAAUCUAGGUAUUAUCGAUUUUGAGAACACGGAAAUAUACAUUACGGAGCUGGGCAGAGCUGAGCACGAUGAGCCGCUUGACGAUCAGAAGUUGCUCGCGACUCACAAGAAGUUGAAGGCUGAGGUCCCCGGCGGUUUAAAGUUCCUCGUUCGGCGCACAGGGCCAGACAACUCGAGGCUUAGCCCCGCGGCGUCCACGGCGGCUACAGGCUAUUUGUCGCCCGGAUUAUUACCUCCCGGUAUGACCGUCGACGAGGAUACCUAUGCCAGGCUUAGCGGCGGACGGCCCAGGUCGUCCUCUACGCCGCCGUCGUCUCGGCAGAAGAGCAUGACGGAGGAUACCAUAGACGAGACAUCACUGAGGGAAGAGUCGAGGGCCUACAAGGCCACGCUGGAGAAGAAACAGCGUGAAUACCUCGCGUCUAGGAAACAAGCUGCGCAGAAGGAGUCGCCCGUGGCGGAAGCCGCGCAGUACGGGUCGAUUGUGCGCAAGACGGAGAUCAACUUUGAUCAGCCCAGAUCGUCGCCGUACGAGGACAAGAAGCCCGAUCAUCUGUUCCCCGUGCGUAAGCCCCCAGCGCCGCCCAGCGAACCCACGGUCACCGUCCUCAAGGCCGAUUCCCUCCGUAGACGACCCGGCCAACACCUCAGGCCUGGUUCGGAUUCGGGCGGAUUUCCCAGCCCGAGACGGCCUGGCACGGCGACGAGCGACUCUAGCCACUCGAGGCACCCGUCGGACCAACUACCGUCGCUCAGCAAUGCGCUCCGCGGUAUUAAUAGGAGUCUGGGUGCCAUCGGACAGCCCUCUGUAAGCGGCGCGCCGCGCCCGAUCUCACCUAACAGGGUAGCUUCACAGCCCAUUAUGAAGCAGGGGAGCCCGGAAUCGAGGAUGUCGAGGCGGACGAGCCACGGACGGAGCCAGGAUUUCACCAGCGUCAGCUUCUCCAACUUUACGAAGCCCCCAGCUCCGGCCGCCGCCGCUCCAUCCUACGACUCGGAUGACGAUUCGGACGACGGUUUGUUCGCGGUUCCCAUUAAGAGCAAGAACAACAGCAACAAUGCUGCCGGAAAGCGCCCUAGCCUCAAACUAGACACUGAUCGGUCCACUAAGAGGAAAUCGGUCGUCUUCAGCGAGCCCACCGACACUAGGACCGGCGAGGGCGACGACGAUUACCCGGGGAGUGGCAGGAGCGGCAGGAGCUCGCGGAGGACGCCAGGCACGCCGUCAGAAGGGUGGGAGUCGUCGGCGGAGGACAGCGCCAAGCUUAACCGGCGCAAGUCGUUUGUGGAGAAGGACAUCUGGGCGAACCGUCCCACGACUGACGCUCUCGUCAACAACCUCGACGACUUCUUCCCCAACUUGGACCUCGACCAGCCCGUGUUCGAUGAGAAUCAGGAUGUAGAUAUUAACGCGCCGUCGCCGAUCGCGGAAGGGGACGAGACUGGCGAGGCGAGCAGUGCGGGGGCCAGCAACGCCCAGCCACCUACGAAGGAGAACCUGGCAGCGCUACCUGGGUCUAAGGUAUCGAAACUUUACAACGAUAAUGACACCCUCGGCUCCGAUGAGUCGACUCUCAAGGCGCUCGAGAGGCCCGUGUCUAUCCAGAGGAGCGUAAGGAAGUCAGGAGGUCUCAGCCGGCUCAAGUCGAUCCGAGAAGUGGCUCGCGGAGCGCACGAGGCCAACAAGAGGUACACGACGGCAUCGCAAGGAGGUGCUGGCCAGUCGUCAGCGCUCAUGCGGCGCAAGAGCACCAAGAUGUUCAACGCCAACAUCGUGCAAAUCAAGCCGCAGCGCGACAGCAUCAUGAUGCCGCAGAUCCCCCAGCAGGACGCGAACAACACGCAGCUCAAGAGGCAGACGACGUUCCGAUGGUUCAAGGGCCAGCUGAUCGGCAAGGGCACGUACGGCCGCGUGUACCUCGGCAUGAACGCCACGACGGGAGAGUUCCUGGCCGUCAAGGAGGUCGAGGUGAACCCCAAAGCGGCGGGCGGCGACCGGGCCAAGAUGCGGGAGCUCGUAGCAGCUCUGGACCAGGAGAUCGACACGAUGCAGCACCUCGACCACGACAACAUCGUGCAGUACCUCGGGUGCGAGCGUAAAGAGACGAGCAUCUCCAUCUUCCUCGAGUACAUUUCUGGUGGCAGCGUAGGUUCGUGCCUGCGCAAGCACGGCAAGUUCGAAGGAGGCGUCGUCAGCUCGCUCACGCGGCAGACGCUCUCGGGUCUCGCAUACCUCCACCGAGAGGGCAUCCUGCACCGCGACCUCAAGGCCGACAACAUCCUGCUCGACCUCGACGGCACGUGCAAGAUUUCGGAUUUCGGCAUUAGCAAGAAGACGGAUAACAUCUACGGAAACGACAAGAGCAAUAACAUGCAAGGGUCAGUGUUCUGGAUGGCGCCCGAGGUGAUCCGGUCGGAAGGAGAGGGGUAUAGCGCCAAGGUGGACAUUUGGAGCCUCGGGUGCGUGGUGGUGGAGAUGUUCGCUGGGAGGAGGCCGUGGGCGAAGGAGGAGGCAAUUGGGGCGAUUUACAAGAUUGCUAACGGGGAGGCGCCGCCGAUGCCGGAUGAUAUUGCGCCGAUCGCGACUGCGUUUAUGCUGGAUUGCUUCCAAGUGAACCCGUAUGAUCGACCGACGGCGGAGAAGCUACUCGCGGAGCACCCGUUCUGCGAGCUAGACCCCAAUUAUGACUUCCGCCAUACUGAGCUGUUUGCUAAGAUUCAGGGCCGUGACCUGUAA